UGUGUCAAGUUAAAUUGUGCCAUAUUAAUUAGUACGGAGUCAGUAAUAAAACUAUUCUUCCAUUCAUCUACAUAUUGGCCCACGUAAUCACCAACCUCAUGAUCCCUCCUAUACAAACAAGUUGUAGGAUUCUCUUCUCCCUUCCACAUAUCUACAACCUUUUGAUAUCAACAUUUAGCUAAAAACUUCAAAAAACAAAAAAUCCUCUACACAUUCGUAAAUAAUUAUGCAAUGCAGGCCCUCAAUGCAGCAACAUUAACCCCUCUUUCAGUAAUUUCUAACAGAAGAAAUGAGCCAAAAAAAUUUCCAUCUUUCCCAUUCAAGAACUUUCCUAAUUCAACCAACUUAAGCACCACUUUGUCAAGAAAUGUGCACGGAGGUCUAAUGUUACUUUCCAAUGUUUUCACUACUGGUUUAGCCAAAGCAUUAACAUAUGAAGAAGCACUUCAACAAUCAACUACUAGCAGUUCUGCUUCUGAUUUUGAUGCAAAUGCAUUUGUUGAAACUCUGAACAAUUUUGUAUCUGAUAAUCCUUUAGUUAUAGCUGGUGUUGCUGCUAUUUUGGCUUUGCCGUUGGUUUUCUCUCAAGUGUUUGGUAGUAAUAAGCCUAAGUCAUGGGGUGUUGAGUCUGCCAAGAAAGCUUAUGCAAAAUUGGCAGAUGAUGUGAGUUCAGAGUUAGUUGAUCUAAGAGCCACUGUGGAAUUGAAGCAAGUGGGGAGUCCAGAUAUAAGGGGUUUGAAGAAGAAGCCUGUUACAAUUGUUUAUAAAGGAGAAGAUAAGCCAGGGUUCUUGAAUAAGCUAGCUUUGAGGUUCAAGGAGCCAGAGAAUACUACAUUGUUCAUUCUAGACAAAUUUGAUGGGAACUCUGAACUGGUUGCAGAGCUUGUCACAGCAAAUAGUUUUAAAGCUGCAUAUGCAAUUAAAGAUGGUGCUGAAGGACCCCGAGGAUGGAAGAAUAGUGGCCUUCCUUGGAUACUUCCUAAGAAAACAUUUAGUCUGGAUCUUGGCGUGUCUGAUGCUCUUGAUGAUCUUCUUGGGGAUGCUUCUGAUGCUGUCGCCGUAGGUUUAGGUGUUGCCGCAGCUUCCGCGUUUGGACUUUUGGUGUUCUCAGAGGCCGAAACAUUACUCCAACUGUUAGGUUCAGCUGCACUUGUCCAACUAGUCAGCACGAAACUUCUAUUCGCAGAGGACAGAAAGCAAAGUCUGCAACAAGUUGAUGAGUUCCUCACAAAAGAGGUUUCUCCAAAGGAGCUUAUAGGUGACAUUAAGCAAAUAGGGAUGGCUCUUCUUCCAGUCCCUGUGACUAGCAAAACUCUACCUGAACCUGCAGAGACAAGUGAAUCGGUUCCCGAGGUGGAGGCUGCAUCAUCUAAAGUAGAAGCAUCUGUCAGGACACUUUCACCAUAUCCUAAUUAUGCUGAUCUCAAGCCUCCCACAUCGCUGAUACCUUCACAACCUAGUGGCAGUGUGAAGAAAGAUGAAACAGUAGCCAAGGUAGAAUUAUCUUCUGAGUCUACUCCAGAAGUCAAUUCAGUCCCUAAACCAGAAGUAACAGCAGCAGCACUAACUGGAAUUACAAGGCCACUUUCUCCAUAUCCAAAUUUAAAUCCUUUCUGUAUUUGUGGUUGCAGUAUCCGGAUCUCAAACCUCCAUCUUCUCCAAUGCCUACGCAAGCAUAAUGUUGGACUUGCAGAUUUCUAUAUCGAAGGUUUAUCAGCUCCACAAUUGCCAGUUUUUGUAGAAUUUGAAGGGAAAUUUAUAAAAGUAUAGAUCCAGAUCCUCACCAAGAUGUCCUUCACUUCCACAUUCUUUGUAAUUGAUUGAUGAAUGUCAUUAUGUCAUGUAUAUAGAAAUGGUGUCGAAGCUUUAUAUGACUUAAGCAAUACAAUCAAUUCCAAGCAAA